GCGCGCCCGGCGGGGCCGGGGAGAAGAGCGCGCGGACGCUGUGAGCGAGCCAAGUCGAGCCGAGCCGGGGGCGCAGAGCGCGGGAGGAGACGGCGGCGGCGGCGCGGAGCCCAGGUGGCUCUGCUGCCAGAUGGGAGCACACAAGCGUGUUGGAUGAAGUUGGCGCAUGCACCAUGUCAUCAUGUGUCUCUAGCCAGCCCAGCAACAAUCGGGCCGCCCCCCAGAAUGAGCUGGGGGGCAGGGGCAGCAGCAGCGAAAGCCAGAAGCCCUGUGAGGCCCUCCAGGGCCUUUCAUCCCUGAGCAUCCACUUGGGCAUGGAGUCCUUCAUUGUGGUCACUGAAUGUGAGCCAGGCUGUGCUGUGGACCUUGGCCUGGUCCAGGAUCAGCCCCUGGAGGCUGAUGGCCCACAGGUCCCCCUUGAAGCCCCUGGGUCUCAGGCCCGGCCUCACCUCUGUAGUCGCAAGCUUUCCCUGCAGGAACGUUCCCAGGGUGGGCUGGCAGCCAGCAGCAGCGUGGACACAAAUGGACGCUGCAUCUAUCCGUCCCUGCCCUACUCACCUGUGUGCUCCCCACAGUCCUCUCCGCGGCUGCCUCGGCGGCCCACAGUGGAGUCUCAUCACGUCUCUAUCACGGGUAUGCAGGAUUGCGUGCAGCUGAAUCAGUACACACUGAAGGAUGAAAUUGGAAAGGGCUCUUAUGGUGUGGUCAAGUUGGCCUACAAUGAAAAUGACAACACCUACUAUGCAAUGAAGGUGCUGUCCAAAAAGAAGCUGAUCCGACAGGCUGGUUUUCCACGUCGUCCCCCACCCCGAGGCACCCGGCCAGCCCCUGGGGGCUGCAUCCAGCCUAGAGGCCCCAUUGAGCAGGUGUACCAGGAAAUUGCCAUCCUCAAGAAGUUGGACCACCCCAACGUGGUGAAGCUGGUGGAGGUUCUGGAUGACCCCACCGAGGACCAUCUGUAUAUGGUGUUUGAACUGGUCAACCAAGGGCCUGUGAUGGAAGUGCCCACCCUCAAACCGCUCUCAGAAGAUCAGGCCCGUUUCUACUUCCAGGAUCUGAUCAAAGGAAUUGAGUACUUACACUACCAGAAGAUCAUCCACCGUGACAUCAAACCUUCCAACCUCCUGGUUGGAGAGGAUGGGCACAUCAAGAUCGCCGACUUUGGUGUGAGCAAUGAGUUCAAGGGCAGUGACGCACUCCUCUCUAACACUGUGGGCACGCCUGCCUUCAUGGCGCCCGAGUCGCUCUCGGAGACCCGCAAGAUUUUCUCUGGGAAGGCUUUGGAUGUUUGGGCCAUGGGUGUGACCCUGUACUGCUUUGUCUUCGGCCAGUGCCCAUUCAUGGAUGAGCGCAUCAUGUGUUUGCAUAGUAAAAUCAAGAGUCAGGCACUGGAAUUUCCAGACCAGCCGGACAUAACUGAGGACUUAAAGGACCUGAUUACUCGUAUGUUGGACAAGAACCCUGAGUCAAGGAUCCUGGUGCCAGAAAUCAAGCUGCACCCCUGGGUCACGAGGCACGGGGCGGAGCCGUUGCCAUCGGAGGACGAGAACUGCACCCUGGUCGAGGUGACCGAAGAGGAGGUCGAGAACUCAGUCAAACACAUUCCCAGCCUGGCAACCGUGAUCCUGGUGAAGACCAUGAUCCGCAAGCGCUCUUUCGGGAACCCAUUUGAAGGCAGCCGGCGGGAGGAGCGCUCGCUGUCAGCGCCUGGAAACCUGCUCACCAAAAAACCAACCAGGGAGUGUGAGCCCCUGUCUGAGCCCAAGGAAGCAAGGCAGCGAAGACAGCCCAGGGGCCCCCGACCCGCCCCCCGCGGGGGAGGAGGAAGUGCCGUUGUGAAGGGCGGUCCCUGUGUGGAGAGUUGGGGGGCCCUGGACCCCGGCUGCCCUGCACGCAUGCGUCCUCUGCCGCCUGAGGAGGCGAUGGAGCCCGAGUAGCUGCCUGGAUCGCUGGACCUCGCAUGCACCUAGUCACCUCUGCGGGGCUGCUGCAGCCCGUGUUUCCAUAGCAGCAUGUCCUACGGAAACCGAGCACGUGUGUAGAGCCUUGAUCGUCAUCUCUGGUUAUUUGUUUUUUCCUUUGUUGUUUUAAAGGGGACCAAAAGUGGGGGAGGGACUUAACUCCGUGGCGUCAACCUUGGCUGCUGGCUAGCUGAACAGGUGGGUGUGAGGAGUUGUAGACUCAAAUCUACAUGUAUUUUGGGACAAUUGCUUUUUAAAAUGUUUUUAUGCCAAAAAUCCUUCAUUGUGAUUUCAGAACCAUGUCAGAGAUAUCAGAUGAGUGUGCAUGGGGUUUGAAAAUCAUGGAAAAAUAAGCAGAAAACUCCAGGAGUCUGAGGCUUGGAAGUUUAUUGCUGCAUUUGAGAGGAAGUAAAAGGGUAGGUGGGACUCUGUGUGCAAUCCCCAAACUGUGGCACCUUUUAGAACCUUGGACUCAAGGAGUCAGAGCAGCACUAGCUCUCAGUUGCUGCAGGGAACUUCAAGGCAACUUAUUUGUAAGAAGGACUUUUUAAUUUUUUGUGGGUACAAUUGUAGUCAGGAAAAUAGAAAGGGCUUAAAGUAUAAGUGCUCCUGGAAGGAGAUUUUUCAGCAUCCGUGGUGGGGGAAGUUUCUUCUGAAAGACUGAACAUAUUUCUUUAUGAGGGUUGUUCAAGGCAGGUUUCUGAAAUAGUCAACUGAGCUCUAGUGAAUAUCUCUGUUAAAUUACAAGAACUUCUGGGUGAAAUUCUACAUUUCCAUGUACAUUACAUGGCUUAAGAUUAAACAUUUCUCUAACUAGACUGAACUCUAGAGUACAGCAGUUCAGAAAUUACUUAGAGCUUCCAGAAUCUACUUCAUGGCUUCAGGCAUGUGAUCAGUUAAAGCCAGUGAAACCUAUGCCUGUAUAUGCUAGCAGCUUAGCUUGUAUAGGGCCUGUGUCUUCUAGAGACUUGCUAAGGUUUCGUUUUCAUUUUAAAUACUAAUUGAUUGUCGUAGUCAGUGAAAUACCGAGUUUCUGGAGGGCCAUGUGGAAAAUGAUUUGACUUGACUGAGAUACAAAUGAUUCUUUACUGUCAAAGCUAAUUUAGGAUCCAUGCUGUAACACUGGGGUACCCUUUUAGAGAAUAUAGUAGAAACCCAGAGCACUCCUCUGGGUUCGAGGAAACCAGGGCUUGGCACAAGAAGUUCUGCUUUGUAGCCAGAUUCCAGAUAGGGUUUAUCUUUUUGACUUCCAACUAAUGUUUGACAUUUGGUUGAAGUUUGAGUGGGACUCUUUCCCACAUGUGUAGGUGAAUGUGAAGUUUAAGGGGGAGGAAAACUGAAAGGACUUUGCCCUUGGAAAGUCAGAGCUCUGUUUCCCAGUACUAUGUGGAGUCUGGUUUGGGUAAAAUACAGUAACUGGGCUCAGAACACUCUUCCUUUCCUGUAGUUUCCAUCUGAUCAGCCCUGAUGUGAGGACUCCUCCCAGAGACAGAGCGAGGCCUUGUGCCCCUUCCCCCCCAGCUAGCCUGUUCACAAGCCCUAGUAUUCUUGGCUUCCAUAAAUUUUCUUAAGCUCUUGAUGGUAGUUUAGCUAGACUUUUCUUGCUAUCAUAUAAAACGUUCAGAAUUAGGGAAUGCUGGUUUCAAGGAGCAAAGGACACCCGGCCUAGUGAAGAUUGUCUUGCCUGCUUGCUUUCCCUUUGUAACCUAGUUCUUCCUUUUGCCCACUUCCUUUAAAUUUAUGGGGCAAUGACUCAAUAGUUCCACCCCUUCUGGUAGCAGAUGGGGCUUGAUUAGUUUGCAAUAAGCACCUUGCAGUGGUUAAAGCCAGUGGGUCCCUAGUCUCAGGCCUAGCCUGUCUGUGGGCUCCAGCCUGGCCAAGUGGCUCACCCAGUGGGGGCAACAGCACACAGGGCUUCUGUAGAGCGUCUCUUGUUUACACAGCCGCAUCGGGCAAUGCCAUUUCUCCCCAUCACAGAACUUUCCACGUAAGAUUUCUUAUGUGGAUCAUGCCAGCGAUCAGGCAGCAUCCAGCUGUUGGGGGUGGUGGUUGAGGGAGGCCCACAUUGAUAACUUUUUUUAAAAAAACAAACACCAAAGAAAGCAUGGAAAGGAUAAGCCAAGAAGGCUGUUUUAAACACAAAGCAUUAGAGCUACCACUCUCUUGGAGCACAAACAUUGAUUAUUCAAAAACCAACUCCGUCAGGAAAGGGGAGAAGCUGUUGUGAGCAGCUCUUCCAGGUGGGCCGAAAGGAUGCCCAGAAUUCCUUCCACUGCUGCCUCAUCUGUGGGACCAAUUUGGUGUAAGCAACCUGCAGCCUACACCUGUGGCCUCAAAGGAAGCACAAAUCCUCCAUCCACCUUCUGUUUCCUCUGCCCUCUCCCAUUUCCUGGCCAUCCCACAGGUUGCCAGUGGCCCCCAGAAAGCCUUAUCAAGCCCCUUGUUGGCACUUGGGGCUCCAGAGGCCUCUUUUCACUGGCCUUGCCUUUCCCAUGAGGCAGGGCUCUUGUCCUCAGAGCCCUCCUGGGGCAAAGAGGAGAAUCCCUGAAUAGGUAGGUACAGGCAUGGCCUGUCACUCCCAUUCAUCUUCCAGAGGGGAGCUUCACGUUGCUGAGUGGAAGAAUCAUGACUUCCACUUGCUUCCAAGGUGCUAGGGAAGGUUUCAAGGUCAUUGGCUCCCAUCUCUCCAGCUUUACGGGCUGAGUUUCAUGGGACUGCUCACUUUUCUAUUCUGUGAUUUAUUUAAUGCCCGAUGCUUCUGUUCCAUUCCUGAUCCUUUCUACUAUGCAUUUUCCUUUUAUCAGGUGUACAAAGUUAAAUACUGUGUAUUUAUCACUAAAAAGUACAUGAACUUAAGAGAAAAAUAAGCCUUUGGUGAUUUUCCACACGUUUAAGCUUCUCUGUAAACUUGAAAUAAACAGCAAAAUGGUGC